AUGGCCGCCAUUUGGGGCAACGGGGGGCAAGCAGGGCAGUUUCCCCUCGAACAAUGGUUCUACGAGAUGCCACCCGUGACUCGAUGGUGGACUGCUGCUACUGUGGCCACAUCUGUCCUGGUUCAGUGCCAUAUCUUGACCCCAUUCCAGCUCUUCUACAGCUUCCGUGCGGUCUAUGUCAAGUCUCAGUACUGGCGACUUUUGACGACCUUUUUAUACUUUGGGCCGCUUAGUCUGGACUUAUUAUUCCAUGUCUUUUUCUUGCAGCGAUACUCGCGCCUUCUGGAAGAAUCGUCGGGUCGCUCUCCUGCCCAUUUUUCGUGGCUACUAUUCUAUGCCAUGACCUCUCUUUUACUCAUGUCACCGUUCCUAUCUCUGCCGUUCUUGGGCACUGCUUUGUCAUCCAGCUUGGUCUAUAUCUGGAGUCGCCGGAACCCGGAGACUCGUCUCAGCUUUCUUGGCAUUCUGGUUUUCACCGCUCCAUAUCUCCCCUGGGUUUUGAUGGUAUUCAGCCUGGUAGUCCAUGGCAUUGUGCCGAAGGAUGAGAUCUGUGGUGUAGUAGUCGGUCACGUGUGGUACUUCUUCAAUGAUGUUUACCCGUCUCUCCAUGGUGGUCAUCGCCCUCUCGAUCCCCCGGGAUGGUGGAUGCGCUUUUUCAAUUCGAGGACUGAAGCCGGGGAUGCGCGGGGGACUAAUAACGCCAACUUGAACCGUGAUCUCGCGGCCGCUGCGGCGCCUGAAGUUCGAUGA